CCGGAGCGCCCCCAACGCGCUCUUAAAGGGGCCGCGCCCCGCGCUGAGGGGCGGCGGGUUCGGGGUCCGCUCCCGGUUCCCGCUCCUUGCUCCCGCUCCCCGAUUUGAAAGAACCGGUGGUUGCAGCUCCUCCGGUCACCAUAGCCGCUGGCAGAGCGUAUCCAGGCGGGACUGGACCGGACCGGUGCGUGUGUGGGCCGAGAUCUCCUUCCAGGGCUGCCCUGACACCAUCGGGUAUCCUCGGCGUGUUAUUAAUUCUCUGUAAUCACGAAUACAUUCCCUUUUUCCACAAUUCAGUGCUGCGGUUGAAUCACUCCGUGGGGAAACCAGGAAGUGAGGAAGGGAGGGAUUCCUGUGGAGCCCUCAGCGAUGGCAGCCGAGGACAGGGAUUACAACCUGACCGAGGAGCAGAAGGCUGUCAAAGCCAAGUACCCCCCUCUCUGCAAGAAAUAUGAGUAUUUGGAUCACACAGCAGACGUGCAGCUCCAUGCCUGGGGAGACACGUUGGAAGAAGCCUUUGAGCAGUGUGCCAUGGCCAUGUUUGGCUACAUGACAGACACAGGCACCGUGGAACCUGUGGAUACAGUGGAGGUACAGGCAGAAGGGCAUGACCUGUUGUCUCUUCUCUUCCACUUCCUGGAUGAAUGGCUGUAUAAAUUCAGUGCUGAUGAGUUUUUUAUACCCAGGGAAGUGAAAGUGCUUCACAUUGACCGAAUGCAGUUCAAAAUAAGAUCAAUUGGGUGGGGAGAAGAGUUCUCUUUAGACAAACACCCACAGGGCACAGAAGUCAAAGCCAUAACUUAUUCAGCCAUGCAGAUCUGUGAAGAUGAAAAGCCAGAAGUCUUUGUCAUCAUUGAUAUUUAGAGCAAGAAGAGUUGUGGUUGAGUGGAUGUUGGUCAUCAUCUGGCGAGAGCCCCCUAAAACUGUAAUCCCUGUGGAAAAAGCUAAGGAAUUGGUCAGUUAAAAUUGGAAAUUGAAGGGAGUAAUUGCAGGGAAUGUCAGACUGUUUUCACUGAGACAGAGAAUAAGAAGAAUUAAUUGGGGUUUUGGGGGAUAUGGAGAAGGAGAGGUUUGUACAGGUUGGAAGUUUCCCAGGAAUGCUGGCAGUCAGCUUUUGAGGCUGAUACGUGUGCUGUAUGAAAUACAGAAAUUGGAGGUGGUAACUAAAAUACUCCCUUUUUGCAGUGUGGCAGGAGAUAAUGUUCAUCUAGAUUGAUUUCAUUUGCAUAUUUCAUGUUCUAAUUCCGAGCUGAUGUUCCUCCUCCAUAUUACAUAAAUCCAAAAUAGCUGCAGUGGCUCAGAUGUAAUGUGGAGGAAAAAAAAAAAUCUGAGUGUUUAAAAUUAGACCCCUAAAAGAUCAUGCCAAUUAAACAAACAAACCACCACAUCUUUUAAACUACUUAAAAAAGAAGUCAUGCCAGCAGGUGGUGCUGAAUUGCUGUAAAUAAAUUGCCACGUGAAAUCCUAAAGCAUGUGACUGUGUACCUCUUAUCACCUAUGAUAACUCUUAAAAAAAGUUGGCAGCUUUGCUGCUGUGGGAGGAGGGAAUGGAAAGGGAUGUCCCAGGUUCUCCCUGGGUUCACUCCCACCUGUAUCUUGUGAAAACUGAGUCUCUUUUAAAAAGCAUGGUCUGGAUCAGCCUCGUUGUCUUUUAAAAAGAACAAUACAGACAAUCCUUAAACGUCAAAGGAUUAUGGACUUGACUGAAUCAAAAUUAAUCAAAAAUAAUCAAAAGUGUGGGGUUUUUUGGUUUUUUUUUUUUAAAUCACAGGAUGGCAAAUGUGCAUUGCCUGCUAUUUUAUUUUAAUUUAAAUGUGAGGAGCAUAGGCCUGGCCUGCUCUGUUAUCGUGAACGCUACAAGUGCCUCACUGUAGUGUAUCAUCUUAAAUAGUUCUGGUUUUAUUUCCAUAUUGUAAAGACUGAGGGAUAAAAACUCUCAUAUUUUUUAAGCAAGCCUCAAUGCCAAAAUAAAACUUGGACUGAAACAA